AUGGCAUCGUCGCAGAGGGCAAUUACCACGACUUCAUCGAGGUCCAGCCUAGGGACCGCACGGGGAGGGCACGCGUUCGAGAUAUCUGGGUACAGCCAGCACAAGGGCCUUGGCAUAGGCGAAUCCGUCCGCUCCGCCACCUUCACUGUCGGCAGCUGCGAGUGGUCCAUCGUCUUCUACCCCGACGGAGAAAUGUAUGAACACCAAGAAUACGUCUCGGUCUUUCUUGAGCUACUGACGUUGGAGGCCGACGUAAGGGCGGGCUUCGACAUGAGUCUGGUCGUCCCGUCGGACCCGGCCACCACCAAGUUGAUCCAUCGGGUGGCUCCGAUGUUUUUCGGCCACAUACAACCCGACUGGGGGCUUCCCAAGUUCAUGAAGAGGGCAGUCUUGGAAUCAUCACCGUACCUGGAGGAUGACCGCCUCGUGAUCAAGUGCGAGGUCACUGUCGUCAGGCAACCACAGGUGGAGGAGACCUCGCCGGACUUCGAGGUCCAGGUGCCGCCGUCUGAUCUGUACGACAAUCUUGGGAAACUCUUAGAAUCAGGGGAGGAAGCAGAUGUAAUUUUCAAGGUUAAAAGGGAGUCUUUUUCUGCCCACAAGAUUGUGCUUGCAAUGCGGUCGCCGGUGUUCAAGGUGGAGCUUUAUGGGCCGAUGAGCGACAAAAGAACAGGGAGGAUAACCGUCAAGGAUAUGCAGCCUGCUGUAUUCAAGGCGUUGCUUCAGUUUAUCUACACUGAUUCGUUGCCUUCCAUGCUUGACCUCUGCGACAAUGACCAGAAAGAAAUGGUCAAGCAUUUGCUUGUGGCUGCAGAUAAGUAUGCCAUGGAAAGACUGAAGCUAAUCUGCGAAGGCAUUCUUUGCAGGAGUCUCGACGUUGAUUCUGUGGCGACGACAUUAGCUCUGGCUGACCAGCAUCAUUGCGGCAAUCUCAAAAAUGCUUGUGUCCAAUUUAUCCUCACGGCGAAUAGAAUGGAUGCUGUGCUGGCAAGCAAAGGCUACACACACCUUAAACGAUCUUGUCCUUCUGUCAUAGUUGAUAUCUUUGAGAGGGCAACUAAGUCUCGCAAGAUUCUGUAA